AAUUAAUCCUGACGUCAACACUGAAACCGGUAUGUUUCCUUUCGUUUCACGUUUCGUUUAAGAUGGAGAAGAGUUACACACUCAGUCAGCAUUAUGAGCAAAGAAUUCGCCCUUGCAUCGAUAUUAUCGACAAAUUGCGAUCUUUGGGAAUGGAUAGGGAUCUGGAGCUGCCUGCCAUCGUUGUCAUAGGAGAUCAAAGCUCGGGGAAAAGCUCUGUUCUGGAGGCAUUAUCAGGUGUAGCUUUACCUAGGGGCAGUGGCAUUGUCACAAGAUGCCCACUGGAGCUGAAGAUGAUUAGAUCUAAGGAUGAAGAUGAAUGGCAUGGAGUAAUCAGUUACCAAAACUACAGUGAAGAGUUUGAUGACCCAAAGCAUGCGGAGAUAAAGAUUCGUGAAGCCCAGGAUAAGCUAGCAGGACCAGGAGUUAGUAUUGGUGAUGAGCUCAUCAGUCUGCAGAUCAAGUCUCCCAAUGUUCCUGAUCUCACACUCAUUGACCUGCCUGGGAUCGCUCGAGUUGCAGUCAAGGGUCAACCUGAAAAUAUUGGAGAGCAGAUCAAAAGAUUGAUCAGGAAGUUUGUAACAAAGCAAGAAACAAUCAACUUAGUUGUGAUGCCGUGUAACGUCGACAUCGCGACCACAGAAGCGUUACAGAUGGCUCAGAAUGAAGAUCCUGCAGGCGAAAGGACUUUAGGAAUCUUAACAAAGCCAGACCUGGUGGAUAAAGGCACUGAAGAGACCGUGAUCGACAUUGUGCACAAUGAGGUCAUUAAUCUCACUAAAGGCUACAUGAUCGUCAGGUGCAGAGGACAGAAAGAGAUUUUGGAUGAGGUCACGCUCGAUGAAGCCACAGAAACAGAGAAGGCCUUCUUCAAAGACCAUCCCCAUUUCAGCUUGUUGUAUAAUGAAGGCUUUGCGACUAUUCUUAAGUUGGCUGAGAAACUUACAAAUGAGCUAGUUCAUCACAUUCAGAAAUCCAUGCCUCGGUUAGAGGAGCAAAUCGAGGCAAAGCUAGCUGAGACACAGAAGGAACUGGAGGCAUACGGUACUGGACCACCAUCAGAGCCAGCAGAAAGACUUCGCUUUCUUAUUGAUAAAGUGACAGCUUUUAUUCAAGAUACGUUUAACUUGGCAACUGGGGAGGAGGUUAAAUGUAAUUCAGAGCUCAUCAUUUUUCAAGAGCUGCGGGAUGAAUUUGCACAAUUGAAGAGCUUUUUGGACUAUUCAGGAGAUUGUUUAAAAAAGAAGAUUGAGUGCGAAGUUUAUAUUUUCGAAACCAUGUAUCGAGGAAGAGAGCUUCCGGGUUUCAUCAGUUAUAAGAUCUUUGAGAAGCUGGUCAGAGAACAGAUGAAGACAUUGGAGGAACCCGCAUUAAAAACACUCAAGACCAUCUCAGAUGUGGUCAAAAAGAAAUUUAUCCAACUGGCCCAAAUCAGCUUCAUUGGAUUUCCUAAUCUUCUUAAAAUAGCAAAGACUAAGAUUGAAGCCAUCAUGCAGGAGAAAGAAUUGUUGGCUAAGUCUGUGUUGAGGACUCAAUUCAAGAUGGAGCUUAUUGUUUACAGUCAAGAUGGCACAUACAGUCAGAGCCUUCAACAUACAAAGGAGAAGCUGGAGGAGGAGGAAGAGGAAGAAGAUGAAUAUUUUGAUCAAGAUGCUUCCUUGAACGAGAUGAAACUCCAUGUAGAGUCCUACUAUUCUAUUGCAAGCAAGCGUCUAGCUGACCAGAUCCCAAUGGUGAUCCGCUACCUGCUUCUCCAAGAGGCUGCGGUGGAGCUGCAGAGAAACAUGUUGCAAUUACUGCAAGAGAAGGAUGCUGUAGAUGAUCUGCUUAAAGAGGACUACGACAUCGGCCAGAAGCGGGAUAACUUACUUAACCGCAAAAAACGUCUAUUAAAUGCACAAAACCUCCUGAUAACCUUUGGUUAAUAUAUUUGAUUGCAAUAUUUCAAUACGACACAAUCAUUUAAAGGUGGUGGAGAAACUUAUCCUGACCAUCUGAAAUGCAAAAGUCGUGUUUUUUAUUACUUAAAGGAGACAUUUUACAAGAUUUUUUUAAAGAUGUAAAAUAUAUCUUUGUUGUCCCCAGAGUACAUAUGAGAAGAUCUACCUCAAAAUACCAUAUUAUAGUAUCUUAAAAUAUCCACUUUGUAGGUGUGAGCAAAAAUGUGCUGUUUUGGGUGUGUCCUUUAUAAUGCAAAUGAGCUGAUCUCUGCACUAAAUGGCAGUGCCGUGGUUGGAUAGUGCAGAUUAAGGGGCGGUAUAAUCCCCUUCUGACAUCACAAGGGGAGACGAUUUUUACUGAUUACCUAUUUUUUCACAUGCUUGCAGAGAAUGGUUUACCAAAACUAAGUUACUGGGUUAAUCUUUUUAUAGGUUGAUAGAAGCACUGAGGACCCAAAUAAAGCACUCAGGAUAAAGUCAGAUUUUCAUGAUAUGUCCCCUUUAAACAUUCUAAAGUAAUCCUAAAGCCAGCUGUUAAGAGCUAACCCUAAUUUUAAUGAAUGUGUUAUGUUAUACUGUUUUGAAUGCUAUUUAUUUACAAGGUAUUUAUUGAUAUGCUUCAUUUGUAUUAAGGCAGCUUUAAACAUUAAACUUACACAUUAACAUUUUAAUAUCAACCAGCCAUAACACUCAGACAACUAUUCUGUAUAUCUAUCUGAUAGACUGUGUGCCCUUAUAACCUUAAACCUCAAGUUAAUAAAA